AUUUCCCAUUGAUUGGAGGGAGGAAGCUCGGCGCCUCUGUUGCCUUGCCUUAACCUUGCCUUGCCGUUACCGUACUGACGACCACGACAUCUCUCCGCAACGAAGACAGUCCCCACGACGAUCCUACCGCGCCCGCAGCGUCCCGUCGAACCAUACUCCACCACACGUUGUUUCAGACGCCGUUGUCCAGAGGCAAUCGCUCGAAAGACCACCGCAGUGCACGCUGAGCUGAGCUGACCAGCGACACGGCAGUGGAAGACCGCAUGUCCCUACCUCGUAUUACCGGUGGCAGCUGCGAUGAACUCGGCACAAAGCGCUGAUCUAGGAGUCGCAAAGGCGAAGAAGAGUACUAGACCUCCGGUCCCAGGGAGAUCGCUAGGACCCACGACCUUCCUUCUGAAGACGGAGAAGGAGCUCGUGGACACAGUCGCCCAGAGAGGACGUAAGAAGGCAAGAGGCACUGUAGUGUCAGCCGAAGACCAGCGGCAGACCUCUGUAGACAGCAUGGCAGACAGCUCGUGCGGCAUUCAGAGCCUAGACGAGGCCAUGAAUGAGGCAAACACUCUGUCGAGGACAAACAGCAACAGCAGUGCGCAGUCGUCUGACUCCCAUGGCGAACUGUCGCCUGCACGUGGCAAGAAGCGCAAGUCGGGCAAUCGUGUGCACCCCACGAUUCUCGCAACUGGCCAGCGACUGAUAUCUCAUGAUCGAACCUCUUCCGUCGUAUCGCCAACCGUCUUAGACUCUCCCUCUUCCAAGAACCUACUGUUCAGGAGACUCUCUGGUACAUCGGCCAACAUGAGUGCCCCACUGACGCCGAUGAAGCUGAGCCCGCACCGCGGAGCAGUAUCUCCAAGCACACCUCGAUCGGGGUCUCCAAAGUCCUUCAGGCUGAGUGAUGAAGAGAUUAGCGUAAUGGAUGACAUUGCCAUCUGCUCUUCCAGUAGCGACGACGAACAUCUUCACGAUGUCGAACGGACGCCGCAGCUUGUUAUGCCAAGUUUAUCCAUGCCAGUGCGGCGACCCUUCACAGAGCAAGGCAGACGUAUCGGCAGAGCGAAAAUCAUGGUUGUUGGCCCGAAACGGGUUGGCAAGACGAGCUUCAUACACGGCCUGUUCAGAUCCAGUGAACAUAUAGUGCACAUGGAUCAGGUCACACCUAGCGUUCCCAGUCAGUCAUCCUUUGCCACGGCGAGCUCACAUUAUAUGCCCACCACCAUGUUCAACGAAAUUGGAGCUUCAACGCGACCAUAUCCGUCUUGGUGGACGAAUAUUGAGAGUCGACACCUGCAUCAUCGCAGGAUGAGCCUCGGAGAAGCUGUCCUCGAGCGAAAUCUCACUUUCAUCGAUACGCCGGGACUUGAGAGCGAUGACCAGAUACAGCAGGUCUUGAACCACGUCAGGCUGACGCUUCGCCGCGCGGCACACCUGGAAAGCAUGAGCGAUAGUGAGCUCGUCAGUCUGCUUAGUGGCGACGGCGGAAUCCAGCUCGACGCUGUAGUAUACCUAUUCGAGCCGGUGGCGCCACAGAACAACGAUGACUCUGCAGAUCUGAGUGCUGCCCACGAGGAGAUGCUACAAUAUUUUGGCAAGUGGACAAAUCUAAUACCUCUGAUCGCACAAGCAGACACUUUGUCAGCAGAUGCGCUAGCCAGCAGGAAACUUGAGGUGGCCCAAACAUUAGAGCAGCUUCAGAUACCACGUUUCGAGCUGGCAGAGUCACCAAUUGGCGAGACUGCUCAGACUUAUCCGCUCGGAGUCUCGGUUGCGACGGGCGACGACGCUGAAGAAGUGGAUGCCAGUGUUCUCAUGUCAUCACAAUAUUUGCAGCCACUGAUUCCCAGCGACCUCGGCUUUUUCGCAGACAGUUUACUAAAGCCCUCCAAUAUCGCCCGCAUGCGACAUACCUCAGCGACAAAGUUCAUUCUCUGGCGGCAGCAACACGGAGUCGAACACAUCGACUUGGAAAAGCAAAUGCUGUUGCAGUCGCCACAGCUUGGCUACCACAGCCGUGUUACUAGCACAGGCAGUCUUCUGGACGAGCCUAGCAAGGUCCUCGUGCCGCAUUCCUCGUCAAGUUACUACAGAUCAGCCUCACCGGCCAUCUCUGAUUUCUCUGGACAAUUUGGGCAGGGUACAGGCGCUUCCACACAAGCCCUAGCACGAUAUAACGAGCAGACCCAAGCUCAGCAGCCAAAUGAGCCAUUCCGACAAGUGCGACUUGCUAAAUGGGCGCAAGACCUGCAGCGUAGUCUCAACAACGAGCGGCGCAAGUACGAGCAGCUUUACACCGGCAAUCCUGCCGGUUGGCCUUCUACUGACAGCGAGAAAAAUGAGCAGGCUCUUGUGCCGACCAAGGAUACCCAUAGCUCGAGAAGAGGUCGUCUGGGCGGCGAUAUCAGCGUCUUCGAUCCACGAGAUCCUCUUGGUGUGCUUACUCUCACUCAGACUUUCAGACAGCGUGGCUAUGCCGUCCUUCAAGUUGUUGGCAGUGCUGGUCUGCUAGGCGCAGCAGCAUACUGGGUUGUGAGAAAUUGGUCCGAAGUGCAGGAGUUCCUUGGCAUCGGCCAGCAAACUAUGGUGACCAGCACUGCGAUUCCGCCCCCAACUGCAAAGACUGGACAUUGGCUGGACGAGGAGUAUCUGAAGGCGUUUUUCGGAUGGGCAAGAUAGGCACUAUGCUGGCAGGACUAAUGACUGUUGCGCGGCGGUCAAUUAUGCGCUGGAUGGACAGGCCCACGGUCAUGGAGAGGAGACUAUACUCCAACAUAACUGUUGUAACAGCCAGAUUACCCAUAGUUCAACAUCCGUCCCACUUCAGGACUACAUUGAAACUCAC